AUGGGGUCGUCACCAGAGAUGGAGAGGUUUGGUUUGUCUGAUGUGGAAUAUUCGUUCAUGAUGGAUCCUUUAAAACGACGCCACAACCAAUCAAAGAAGCAAACAAUAUACGGGAUUUUCGCCUCAGAUGAUUCUGAUUCAGAGCCUGAAAGAAGUGGCUUCGGUGGACGUGAAGCUGGUUUCAAGCGUAAGGGUGCCAAUUAUUCAGCACCGAUCACCUUUGUCAGUGGUGGAGUGAAGGCAGGUGCCGGUGCUUCGUCUGGUCCGAAAGAAAAUAACGAAGAAGUCGACCAGAUUUCGGAUGAUGAAGACGACAAAUCUGUCCUAAGGAGUUUGCGUCCUUAUCAUGAUUCAGACUCUGACUCACCAAAUUCAGAUAUUUAUCGUAAACCUGACAAGCCUGUGGGCAUAUCCGUUGGGGCCAGUCGACGUGUAGCAGCCGCCGCUGCAGCGGCGAAGUCUGCGACCUCUGGUUUCGGGGCUUGGGAAAGGCACACAAAGGGUAUUGGAAUGAAACUUUUAGAGCAGAUGGGUUACGAACCGGGCAAGGGUCUUGGUUCUGACGGUCGGGGUAUUGUUACUCCAGUUCAAGCUGUCCAACGAGUGGGGAAAGUAUCAGUAGGGUACUAUGGAUCUGAAAAAGCCCCCGCCCCUCGUCGAGGAAAUGAGACUGUCGUUGAAGGUUCAGACUCUGUCGGGCCACGUUACAAGAAGAGGCCUGGGUUACAACGGAGUCAAGCAUCAAAGCCUAUACAGGAGUAUAAAACUACUGAGGAAUUAGUCGCCGAUCUUUGUCCUGCAACCCCUGCUACAGCUGUUAGGCGACAUGGGAUUUUCUUGGAGAACAGUGAAUUGUCCAAAGUAAAGGUUAUCGAUAUGACAAGUAAAGAGCAAAAGGUGUACUCUGGUUAUGAAGCUGCUUUAUCUCGUGUUGUGCAAAGGCGCCGAAAACCGGGAGAUAAUUCUACACUCUCAGAUGAAGAAAAUCCAGAUGUUGAUGGUAAACGAAUCGAAAAAAGGUUGGAAGGGAAUUUCUUUGAUUGUCCCGCUCUGCAACACAAUUUCGCCCUGAUAAUGCGGUCCGCUGAAGAUGAAAUUAGGAGGUUUGAUCGGGCUGCUAGAUUCGAGGAAGAUCGCGCAGUUGGUUUAGAACAUGAAAUCGAAAAAUUAACUGAGAUAGUUGACGGAGAAGAAUCUGAAGUGAAUUACCUCAAGAAAGCUUUAUUUCUAAUAAAGAAGUUUGAAGAUGAAGUUACGUUUCAUUCAGGCUGUGAUACGAACUUAACAUCUGAAGCUAUUUCAUCUUGGGUAUCACUUAUACGUGAGGAAUGUGCUAACCUAGUAGAAAUGCCUGUUCUCAUGGCAUCGAUCGCUCGCCCAAUGUUGGAUAAUUCACUUGCUAGAUGGGAUCCUCUAAAGGAACCUACAUUUUGUCUCGAUUUGUUGGGACACUGGAGGGAUUUCUUUCAAAAUUCUUGCGCAUUUGAUGUUAUACUUGAAACAAGCUGGUUGAGCGCCAUACGCCGCACUAUCGUUAACGAAUGGAAUCCUCGAGACUGCGAACCUCUCUUGGAGGUUCUCGAAGCCUGGCAACCUUUGUUACCGGAUGAUAUGUUGCAGCGCAAAAUACUCGACCAACUGAUUCUUCCAAAAUUGCAGGAUGCUGUUUCCUCAUGGAAUCCGUUAACUGAUACAGUACCUGUUCAUACUUGGUUGCAUCCCUGGCUACCUUGGUUUGGAGGAGUUGAACGUCUCGCGUGUUUGCAUGAUAUGGUUCUCCAGAAGUUAGGAAGUUGCCUUACCAACUGGCAUCCUAGUGAUGCAUCUGCCCGCUCAGUCCUAAUGCCUUGGCGAACCAUAUUCCCGGUCACGUCCAUGGCAGCUUUCUUAAGUCGCCAUGUGGUGCCGAAACUUGCUUUAGCGUUGCAACAGUUUCAACUUAAUCCCGCUAAGCAAAACAUGGAUCCGUGGAAUUGGGUGAUGCGUUGGGCAGACUUGAUUGGUCCGGCUGUACUUGUAAACCUACUUGAACAUCAUUUCUGGUCACGUUGGCUGUCAGUCCUUUCAAGUUGGCUGAAUCAGGGGGUAGAAGCUAGGCAACGUGGAGACCACACUGCUGCCGGUCAAGUUUAUCAAGAAGUUGGCCGUUGGUAUGCUGGUUGGAAAGGUCAGUUACCUCCUGAGUGUAUGGAAUAUGCAAGUGUCAAAGAUGCUUUGACAAAAGCUUUGGCAAUGAUGGAACGUUCAAUGAGAGGGUUACCGCCUCAAGAACCUCAGGUCUCAAAGCAAGGUCAGUCAGAUGUGUCAAGGUAUCCUACUGGCUCAUCAGGCGUACUUCCGCCAGCUUUUGGAUCAUCAACACCUUUGGUUGCUCCUCCUCCGACAACACUACGUAAACAAGUUGAACAAGUAGCAGCGCAGCGCGGCUUCUUAUUCCAUCCUAUUUCAAACAGGAUGUUCGAAGGUCAACAAGUAUACAGACUGGAAUCAUUACAAGUGUUUUUCGACCGCAACGUCAGUUAUGUGUACAAUCCCAGUGAUGGUGGCUGGCUUCCUGUUACAUUUGCUGAGUUGAUGACCCGUGCUCAGUACUGA